AUGUUUCUUUUAUCUCAUGUAAUAUGGCCACAAAAUGAUUAUUUUAUUAGUAUCGAAACAUUCGAUGAAAUUGUUCAUGCAAAAAGAAAUGAUUUUAUUGCAAUCGAAAUGAUUAUUUGGUCAGAUCAUUUCCUUGUGUUUAUCAUUGAAUUUUUUCGCAUUCGUUUCAAACAAUUAUCAAUAAAAUCAAGGAAUAUAUUUGAAAAUUCAUUUCAAUCAUCAAACCCACAACGGAAAUUAUUCUGGUAUCGAUUUCAUUCCCAAUAUGUAUAUCUUUAUAGCGAAACUGAUCGAUUUAAUCAAGCACUUCGAUAUGUAUUAUUAUUUCUUGAAAUGAUGUCUAAAUCUUUGGUUGUAAUUUGUUUAUUAUUUUAUAGUCAUCAAACUAAAAUGCAUAUACAGAAUACUCUCGUUACAUUAAUAUUAAUAACAAUAUUUUGUUUAAUAACCAGCCUCAAUUUUCGUAUAGCUCAAUUGCCUUCAUAUAAUCAAAAUUGUUGUUUAUCCAUUCAUCGUUGGAUUGUCCGAUCACAAUGGUCAAAUGUGGAACAAAGAAAAUUACUUAAUAGAUUACCAUUACGAUAUUCACUUAAAUCACGUCUAUUUCUACAGUCGAUGACCAGAAAUCUAUUUGGUUUUACUUGUGGUCGAAU